CUCUGCUUGGAAGUAUUGUGAAACAAUAUCAAACCCCAAACAAAAAUACAAUGAAGUUCUCUGUAGUGUUUAUUUGUAUACUGCAGUUGAUACUAGUCACAUCACAAGAUACUUCUAUCACAGGGAAUGAAAACAACGAUGUCGUACAAUUUGGUCGAGGUGUCAUUGUAAUUGCUCCUGAUGUUACAACUAUGGUUGAGAUCACUGCAGAGACUACAACUAUGGGUGAAACUACUCCAGAGACAACAACUAUGGGUGAAACUACUCCAGAGACUACAACUAUUGGCGAAACCACUCCAGAGACUACAACUAUUGGUGAAACCACUCCAGAGACUACAAUUAUGAGUGGAACCACUUCUGAAGGUGCAACUGAAACUACAGUAAUAGCUUCGACGAUGGAUACUUCUACUUCAACGCAGAAACCAGAUGACUCGAAAGAUAACAGUGGUUUAGGAGCAGGAACAGUUGUGGCAAUUGUAUUCGGCUGUCUCGGAGGACUUGCUGUUAUCGGUGCAAUAAUCUACUUUGUUCGACGGUGGAUAUUGUCCAGAUAAUAUGUGGUGUUUCCAAUUUUGUCCCAUAAUAAUAAUGGUUG